AUCGCUGUGAAGCAUAUAUCGUUCUUAAACAAUUAAUAUAUUUCAUUUGUCGAACAUGUGGGACAAGUUGUGGUUGAUUCUAGUCGUGAUUGUGUUUACUUAUCUUUCGAAAAAUAUAAAGACCAGUGAAGAACCGAGCAAAUUCUUUUUUUAUUUAAAAUUCUCUAUCUUCUAUAUCUAUGGAUCUUUAUUGGCGUGUAUCAUCUGGCCAUUCUUCUUGUUUACUCCAAAAAAUCUUAAAAAUGCAGCACUCGGUGCUUGGCUAAUAAAGCCUGUAACUAAAGUAUACGAUUUAAAAUGGCAUCUACGCAAUGGCGAAGUGUUAUCUAAAGAGGAAGGGGCCGUCAUUGUUUCAAAUCAUCAGUCGUCUCUGGAUAUAUUAGGUCUCUUUAACAUUUGGAAUGAUGUGGGUAAGCUGGCGCCUAUUGCUAAGAAGGAAUUGUUCUACGUUUGGCCCUUUGGAUUGGCAGCCUAUCUCGCGGGAGUAGUAUUCAUAGAUAGAAAUAACGCAAGAGGUGCAUAUGAACAGCUUAAAAUUACAUCAGAUGUUAUGGUUAAGAAUAAGACAAAGAUGUGGCUGUUUCCUGAGGGUACAAGGAAUAAAGAAAACGAUACACUUUUACCGUUUAAAAAGGGAGCAUUCAUCAUCGCAGUGACCGCACAAAAACCGAUCAUACCCGUGGUCUUUUCUCCAUACUAUUUCAUAAAUGAAAAGAAAUAUAUAUUUAACAAAGGACACGUUGUAAUCCAGUGUUUAGAGCCUGUGCCAACAGAGGGGUUGACAAUGGAGGACGUUCCGGAUCUUGUGGAUCGAGUGAAGAAUCAAAUGGAUAAAAAAUACAAAGAACUCAUACAAGAAGUUUUGAGUGCUUUACCGCCUGACUACCCACACGCUUACAAAGAUCACAAAAUUGCGGGCGAUUAAAAUAAAUAUAUAUUUGGACAAUAUAUCCCAAAAUACGUAAAUGGAUAGACUACAUAAUAGUUCGAAGUCAUUAAAAUAAACGAAGCGUAGAAUAGAAGCUCUCAAUCGAUUUUG